UCCUGCAGUUUGGUCCCAGAGUAGAGGGGAACGUCUGGGAGCCUGUGGAACCUAAGGAGGAUCGCGGGAGGCGUGUUCCUCCGGAGUUUGCUUUUCCUUGGGAGCCUCGCGCGCACACCCAUCCCCUCUGGUCUGGCAACUGUUGUCUAGGAAGUGAGGAGCCUCUCUCUGAUCCACCGUCCAUCGCUGGAGCCUGCAGGCUGAGCGAGAUCUCCCCUAGAGAAGCCGGGAGGUCCGGGGAAGUUUCCCCGAGCCGAGACUGUGCUGCAGCCCUGGUCACCCGCCACCCUGCGCGCCACCCUUGUUCUCCAGCUCAGACUUCGUCUGGCCUGGGCGCGGACCUGGCGCUGUCUGCGUCCGAGGAGCUCUAAGGUGAAAGAAAGAAAGGUGUGAGACCAACAUAAUAAGACGUUUCUUCAAAUCUACGCUACCACAUUAAGAUGGAUGUCUUUUGCCUUGCGGCACCCUUUUGCCUGGCCCUGGUGGGAGGCGCGAUCGCUGACAAUCCCGAGAGAUACAGCGCUAAUCAAAGCAGCCACUUCACCCCUUUUCCGGGGACAGAGUUCAACUUUCUGGACACCACGCAUCGACCCCCUAAUUUGGCCCUGCCUAGCAAUGGCUCAAUGCACGGCUAUUGCCCACAACAGACGAAAAUCACGACAGCUUUCAAAUAUAUCAACACUGUGAUAUCCUGUACCAUUUUCAUUGUGGGAAUGGUGGGGAACGCAACUCUGCUAAGAAUCAUUUACCAGAACAAGUGUAUGAGGAACGGCCCCAACGCGCUCAUAGCCAGCCUGGCCCUUGGAGACCUUAUCUACGUGGUCAUUGAUCUUCCCAUCAAUGUAUUUAAGCUUUUGGCAAGGCGCUGGCCUUUCGACCACAAUGAUUUUGGAGUGUUUCUCUGCAAGCUGUUCCCCUUUCUGCAGAAGUCCUCCGUGGGCAUCACUGUCCUGAAUCUCUGCGCUCUCAGUGUGGACAGGUACAGAGCAGUGGCUUCCUGGAGUCGUGUUCAAGGGAUUGGGAUCCCCUUGAUUACCGCCAUUGAAAUUGUCUCCAUCUGGAUCCUCUCCUUUAUCUUGGCCAUCCCAGAAGCAAUCGGCUUCGUCAUGGUACCCUUCGAAUACAAGGGCGAGAUGCAUAGGACCUGCAUGCUCAACGCCACGUCCAAGUUCAUGGAGUUUUACCAAGAUGUGAAGGACUGGUGGCUCUUUGGGUUCUACUUCUGCAUGCCCUUGGUGUGCACAGCGAUCUUCUACACCCUCAUGACCUGUGAGAUGCUCAACAGGAGGAAUGGCAGCUUGCGCAUUGCCCUCAGCGAACACCUCAAGCAGCGUCGAGAAGUGGCAAAGACUGUCUUCUGCUUGGUUGUCAUCUUUGCCCUGUGCUGGUUCCCUCUUCACUUAAGCCGUAUUUUGAAGAAAACCGUGUAUGAUGAGAUGGAUAAGAACCGGUGCGAACUGCUCAGCUUUUUGCUGCUCAUGGAUUACAUCGGCAUUAACCUGGCAACCAUGAAUUCGUGCAUAAACCCAAUAGCUCUAUAUUUUGUGAGCAAGAAAUUCAAAAAUUGUUUUCAGUCAUGCCUCUGUUGCUGUUGUCACCAGUCCAAAAGCCUCAUGACCUCGGUCCCCAUGAAUGGAACAAGUAUCCAGUGGAAGAACCAGGAGCAGAACAACCACAACACAGAAAGGAGCAGUCACAAGGACAGCAUGAACUAACCCUCGGCAGAAACAGAGCCGUGAGCCUUCAAGUCCUAGGAUGGAAACCGGAAACCGUCACGCAGCAGCUGCGCUCCGGAAACCUCCCAAAGCCUCUCCCCUGCUCCUGUUCUAAGUCCAGCCUAAGAAAAGAAAGUCUCCUGCCAUCCCAACAGCACGUGGUGGACCGGUCCCAGCCACAGCAAUGGGUCUUUCCUGAGUACUGUAUAUGAUUUGCAUACUGCGUAUGUCAUUUCCAACACUUGAAAAUUAGGAGAGCUGAGGGAAAGAGGAGAUCGUUCAAGGAAACCACAUAUCUGCCAUCUUUGCAUGAACAGAACAGAGUUUGCAAGUUCGCGACCAGCUUCCAUGCAGUUCUAUGGAACAGCCAGUGGGAACUGUCCAUCCUAAGGUUCCAGAGCAGUGGUUCUCAACGUUCCCAAUGCAACCCCUUAAUACAGUUCGUUUUCCAGUGACCCUCAACCAUAGAAUUGUUUUUGUUGCUACUUCAUAACUAUACUUUUGCUACUGUUAUGAAUUGUUAUAUUUAUCUGAUAUUUCUGAUGGUCUCAGUCUGCCCCUGUGAAAGGGCCAUUCAACUCCCAAAAGAAUUGCAACAAGUUGAGAACCACUGCUCUUGAAAUUAUGUUUAGUUUGAUGGCCCGUGUCUAUAUCGUCGAAUUGGAGAGGUGAGGGAAGAUGACCAGGUGUUCAAGGUUGGCCUUUUCAGAAAAGCUGGGGCUACAUAAGAUUCUCAAAAAACACAGACAAAAAGUGUUUAAAAUUUAUGACAAGAUUCAUUAUUUUUUGUAUAGCCAAACACAUUGUGAGGUUAACGUACUCCUUUGGAACUGUCAGUGUUGGUAUUUUGUAACUGCAUGGUACCCUAGAAACGGUCGUUUCACCUCCUUUACAUGUACUUUGAAAAAGAGGAGGAGGAGGAAGGGGAACAUCUGAUGAGGAAUUAGGUUAUGUUUCUACGGCACUGUUUUGUUUGGAAAACAUGAUUUCCAAAGCUACCACAGACACAGACCAGUUACCACCAAAGCCGUGUAAUAGCUGCUUAGCCAAAGAAUCUUUAGGAACCUGUAUUUUCUUUUUAUGUUGUUGUUUGAUUGGCUUUUUGCUUGUUUGGUUGAUUUUGUUUUUCAAGACAGGGUUUUUCUAUGUAGCCCUGGCUGUCCUGGAACUUGUUUUGUAGAUUAGGAUGGCCUUGAAUUCACAGAGAUCCUCCUGCUUCUGCCUCCCAAGUGCUGAGAUUAAGGACAUGUGCCGUCACAUCUGGCUUGAGCAUAUUUUUAUAUUAAAUUAAAAAUCAUAAUAAUUGGGAGCUGGCACAUGGUACAUGCUUCCUACUCUUAACAUCUGGAAGCUGAGGCAGGGGUUGUGACUGGGAGACUGCCUGCACUAAGGUACUCUCUUCCAAAUAAGAAUAAUUAAUAAUAACACUUAGGUUAAAUGGUUCUAUUUUUCAUAAGCCCAGUCUUUUUUAAUGUAGUUUUUAAUGUGAGACCAUGUUCUGCAGCUUAAAUAUGUCACUGAAGUGUGCCUGAGACUCCGAGCCCUGCAUCUGAUGCCUGCCUAGGAAAAACGCUGGAUGGUUUUGGAGGGCCUGGACAUUUUCUACAAGGUCUACAAUAUAGCACAUAUAAUGCAUGUUUCCUUUUACGCUCUCAGUUUCUCCUACAGUGAUGACUGGCUACAAGGCUUUCCUGCUCAUUCCUUUUUCCAGACAGGAAACAAUUUCAAAGUGGCCAAAUGAGCUGAUUGUGUCAAGCGAAAUGUAGUUACGCCUGCCAUGAACCUUUCACUCUUAGCUCCCUUCUAAUUUCGAGACAAACUCAAAUCUUCAUCCUUUCCCAAAUCCUCGGUGGUCACUAUUUCAAAGGGCCCACAGAUGUUUACAGACUGUGAGAAAGACAAAUAUCUUUUAUUUUGUGUGUAUAUAAAUAUAUAAAUAAUUGUGCAUUUCUUUUAGUCAAAUUUUCUGUGGUUGUCUCUAUGGAGUGUGUGUGUGUGUGUGUGUGUGUGUGUGUGUGUGUGUGUGUGAGUGAUGGUAUGUAUAGAUUUGGUGUGAUCUUAAAAUGCCCUGUGUUUGUGCCAAACCACCUACUGGGUGUGGACUCUAGGGGAUGGCUCAUUAUCCAGCCCACUUUGGUCAGUUCUUACACUUGAGAAUCUCAAGUUCUCAAGUUGGUUACCAUUACAAAUUCUGGGAGGUGCCAUGCAAGGGAAAGUGGUUACUGGAAGGAUUUGUUAGGUUGGAUGAUUUGACCAAGCAGGAAUCUCUGUCGUAGCUUUGUCCCUGUUGGAGCAGGAUUCCCUGUCAUAGCUUUGUCCCUGCUGGAGCCAAGAGUCCUAUACUUGGAAGUAUUACACUUUUCUCUUUAUUCCCAUGGGUGUUCUUUUGUUUGUUUGCAUUUGUGUUUUUUUACUGUUUGCUGUGGGGAUUAAUCCCAGGACCUCUGAUAUGCUAGGCAAGUGCUCUCCUAUGGAGCCAGGACCCCAGGACAGUAUUAUUUUUUUCUAAUCCCCAGCUAUAGAUACAACCGACAAAUCACCUGGAGUUUCUGUCACAUUAUUGGUGGAAAACUACCUAUUUUAAUUUUUGCAUAAUAUUUUAUUACAGUUAAAAAUUAAUCAAGUAUCAAAAUCAAAAUUUAAAAAAUGCAUCAAAUUCCAGUUGCUUGAGUUUUGGGGCUGAGAAAUACUGCCCCCUGUGUGUUAAGUAGUCAAGUGCACACCUAUACAUGCCUAGGGUAAGACAUAAAUGCAGUUUUGUUUAUUAGACCAUUAUCUUUUAAAAGAUGCUUUGAUUUUUACGUAUAAAAUGUAUUUUUUUAUUCAGAACAUCAUAGCUCUGAAUACACAGGCUUCAGUGUGCAUUUUGUUUAUGGACUGGUAAUGAUUUACUUAUUUAUACAAACAGUUCUAAUGUCUACCUUCACCACAUUUCCAAGAAGUAACUGUAGAAAUUACCCAGAAGCUAAGGGCCUGUGCUGGCAGCUGAGGCCUCUGCUGGCCGUGGCCCGUCAGACAUCAAAUAAAAGUACAGAAGCUUU